AACUUUAUUCCUCGGAACAAACCGUGCACUUCCGGUUUCAGGUGUAAUGUAAAUAUGGGCGGCCGUAGCGUGUGCAGGUGUUAGUGUCAUGGUCUCAGGAUGCGGUACAACGAGAAGGAGCUGCUGUCUCUCUCCAGACAGAGAGCGGAGAAAGCGGCGGAGCUGAACAUGAGGGUCCCCAAGAAAGGCAGCGUACUGAAGAAGCGUCUGGUGAAAUUGGUUGUGAAUUUUCUAUUUUACUUCCGGGCUGAUGAAGAGGAGCCCAUCGGAGCACUGCUUUUAGAACACUGUAUAGUGAAGAAGGAAGAGGAGAAAAGUUUCUCAAUAUCCUUCAUUGAUGAGCCAGACAGGAGGUACAUGUUUGAAUGCAGCAGUCAAGAACAGCGUGAUGAGUGGGUAGAAGUACUGACCAAUGCAAGCUACGAGUUCAUGAGGAAAAGUCUCCUGUUUUAUAGGAAUGAAAUUCUGAAGAUUAGUGGGAAGGAUCCUUUGGAGCAGUACGGGAUAUCGGAGGAAUCUCGGUUUCAGCUGGAACCCUCAGGCAUCUGAAGUCUUGUCUUUUCAAGCACCACAAUCGUCCUAGUCCAGAAUGUUGCGCUCCAGGCUACAAAAAAAAAUAAUUAGGAGCCAAAUGUUCAUUCUUGGCGGCUUUGGCUUUAGCCACCAUCUGGAGCUUUGGACUGUGCUUCAGGAUGUCAUUUCAUUGCACAAUCAGUACUAGACUGUACCUGACAUCAUACCUCACACUGGGUGCUCGCCAGGCUUAAUGAUGCAGAAGCUGAUCAGUUCAUAGCAGAUGUCAUUCCUUGUCCUGUGCUCGUUUGUAAAUGCUUUUAUUACAUAAGUCUUAAUUUAAAGAUGUAUGUGCACUUAUGUUUCUAUGAGUAGUUUCAGCACUGACAUUACCAUUUGUCUACUUGCUGUAUAUUUCAUGCCUCUGAGCAGCAACGUGUGUGAAUUGUGUCCCUCUAUGAAUUGAUACAAUGGUAAUGAUACUGUGACAGUCUUAAAGGGAAUGUGUCAUCAGAAAAUGACCUAUUCAAAUUACAUUUUUAUGUUAAACAUUUUCUUAGCAUAUUUUUUUUGUUCCAUGUCGCUUAGUGUUUGCACUUGCCACUUCUUUGAGAGCAGCUACAUGAGCUUUAAACACUGGUCUGGAGGGGACCCUAUUGACUUCCAUGGGAGGGUUCUCUAGGCAUGCUCUGUGACCCAAGCAGAGCUCAGGAGAGAGCAAAUAAACUGUGAUAUCCAGUGGUGUAUCUUGGUUUUGUGCUGCCCUAGGCGAGACUAAACUCGGGCACCCCUUAACGCGCGGACGCAAAAGGCAGGGGAGGUCUGGAGGAAGU